AUGGCAAAGUCAUGGCAAUGGCUGGCAGGGGCCUCUGCUGCGUUUGCUGCCUGCGUUGUGCUCCUUGGUUGCGAGCCGGAAGCGCCAAAUUGUUGGCUGGAUCAGGGGUCCUUUACUCGCCGCGACAUCGAUGCAAGCGAGUUCGCGGAUGACCUUGUCAAGUCUUUCCGCAUCAAGGUUCAAGUCAAGUUCUUCGACAUGUGCGCGAAGUAUCCGGGUAUCAUCACGGGCAGGGUGCCCGCAGACUACGCCUCUGCAACUAGCAUAGUGUUCACGUCCCAUGGUCUUGGACCGCCCUACGACGCCGAUCAGGGCAAAAUGACCUUUUACUGCCAGUCGGCAGCGGAAGUCGGCCCACGUGGGCGCGGCCUGGACAUUUCCGAAGGCACAUUGAUUUCCGGCAAGCGGCUUGAUGAUGGCAUCUGGCACGAGGUUGAGAUGGUGAAAAGCAGUAGGAGUGCCUCUCUCAUCGUUGAUGGAGAGACGGCCACAGCUUCCAUACCUGCGGGCCUUUCAGCUGCCGACUUCGUCCUAAGGCCCAUCGACAUGAUUUUCAUUGGCGGCCAAGGCUUCAAGGGAGACAUCCGGAAUGUGAAGAUCUACGUUGGGGAUCCGGAGAGGCUUGUCUUUUCGAGCGCCUGCAAUGGCACGGCGCUGCCAGAGAAUGUCACGUGUUCUGACCAGCCCCUGGAUGCUUGCGAGGGCAUGUACAGCAUCACUGGCGGGGCAGGAUCGCAAUGCACAGCAUCGGCGGCCUGCAGAGCUAUGGAGCAUGCUUGCGACGUUGAGGGAAUCCAAGCGCAAGGAAUAGGCCCAAACCUCACCGUUGAAUCGCCAGGCUUUUGA